GGCGGACGGGCCGUGCGUGCUGUGCUGCGGCGAGCUGGAGGUGGUGGCGCUGGGCCGCUGCGACCACCCCAUCUGCUACCGCUGCUCCGUGCGGAUGCGGGCGCUGUGCGGGGUGCGCUACUGCGCCGUAUGCCGCGACGAGCUGGCCCAGGUGGUCUUUGGAAAGAAGCUUUCAUCUUUCUCGACAAUAGUACUCAACCAGCUGCAGCAUGAGAAGAAAUAUGACAUUUAUUUUGCUGAUGGAAAAGUGUAUGCGCUUUAUAGGAAACUACUACAGCACGAAUGCCCUCUCUGUCCACAUGUGCAGCCAUUCAAUACCAUUGUGGAGCUGGAGCAGCACAUGAGAAAACAACAUGAACUCUUCUGUUGUAAAUUGUGUGUCAAACACCUGAAGAUCUUUACGUAUGAACGUAAGUGGUACUCUCGCAAGGACCUGGCUCGACAUCGAAUCCACGGGGACCCAGAUGACACAUCUCAUCGUGGGCACCCCCUGUGUAAAUUUUGUGAUGAGCGUUACUUGGACAACGACGAAUUAUUGAAACACCUGAGACGAGAUCACUAUUUCUGCCAUUUUUGUGACUCAGAUGGUGCUCAGGAAUAUUACAGUGAUUACGAAUACCUCCGUGAACACUUCCGUGAAAAACAUUUCCUUUGCGAGGAGGGACGGUGCAGUACAGAACAGUUCACUCAUGCUUUCCGUACAGAAAUAGAUUACAAAGCUCACAAAACAGCCUGCCACAGCAAAAACAGAGCUGAGGCCAGGCAGAACCGGCAGAUAGAUCUUCAGUUUAACUACGCUCCCAGACACCAGCGGAGAAAUGAAAGUGUUGUAACUGGAGAGGACUACGAAGGAGUGGAAAGGUAUAACAGACAAGGAAGACCAGUUAGAACAUCAGUCCGAGGAGGACAGCAAAACAGAAGAGGCAGCUGGAGGUAUAAGCGAUCUCUGGGUGGCCAGACUGAGUGCUUUGGAAAAAGGAGAGGGGAGGAGGAAGACCGAGACAUUGCAGCAGCAGUCAGGGCAUCCAUAGCAGCAAAGCGACAAGAGGAAAAGAAGCGGGUAGAGGAGAAAGAAGACAGCAGUCGAGGGAAAAAGGAGGAAUUGAGAGAUGCAGAAACUUCCAAUGCGAAGCGAGUGCCAAAGCCUUCAUCUGAAGCUACGGUUCCAAAAGAAGCAGCUGCUAAUGGUCCUUUAAGCCAAGAUAACUUUCCAGCAAUUGGCUCGGCAGUGGGAUCCCUUCAAGGUUGCAGCGCUGCUCAGCCGGUGUCUGUUAAGCUGAAGGAAGAAGACUUCCCGAGCCUGUCCUCUUCAGCAGCACCCACGGUCUCGACUGGGCUGUCUCUGACAUACACAGUUACUGCAAAGAAAACAGCCUUCCAGGAGGAGGACUUCCCAGCGCUAGUGUCUAAAGUCAAACCUACCAAUAAAACCGUAUCGAACAUCACGUCUGCAUGGAACAAUGGUUCUAAUAAAAAUGUGGUUAAAGCCAUCGGUUCUAGCAGCUCCAGUUCAAACCAGCUAGCCAAAAAAGCAGCUCCCCCCAACAGCAGUAAAGGAGGCAAGAAGAGCAAUAAAUCUCCUCAGUCGGAUGAUGAAGAUGCCGGCAAUGGCUUGACAACCCAGAAGAUCCGAAACGCACCAACAAUGGUUGAUGUGUCCUCCUUGCUGGCAGCUUCUACCUCACAGACUUUUACGAAAGUGGGCAAGAAAAAGAAGGUGGGGGUGGAGAAGCAAAGGCCACCCUCCCCGCCCGCGUCGGAGGAAAACUCCCCACCUGGAUCUUUGGAGAAGGUGGUAGAAGCCAAACAGAUGCCAAAUGCCCUUGCAAAUGUUCAGGCCCCAGACCGAUCUGCGGCAGUCAUGAAUGGUCACUCAGAGAAAUCGGUAGCAGUUUGUAAUACACCCAAAGAGCCCCCUGGCCUUAAAAAGCCUGCAGCAACUAACCAGUGCCCUUUACCUCAGGAAGACUUCCCAGCUCUCGGGAGCUCAGGACCAGCUAGGAUGCCACCGCCAGGCUUUAACUCCGUGGUGCUAUUAAAGAGUCCGCCUCCAGGGCUGUCGGUGUCUGUUAGUAAACCACCUCCGGGGUUUCCUGUUAUUCCAUCCACCAACGUCUCUGAACCUGUCACUACAUCUCUGAAAGAGCCAACCCCCUCGCAAGGAACUUACUUGAUACCUGAACAUUUUCAGCAAAGAAACAUCCAGCUGAUCCAGUCUAUAAAGGAAUUCCUUCAGAGCGACGAGUCCAGAUUUAACAAAUUCAAGACUCACUCUGGGCAAUUCAGGCAGGGUCUGAUGUCCGCAGCGCAGUAUUACAAGAGCUGCCGAGACCUGCUCGGGGACAACUUCAGGAGAAUCUUUAACGAGUUGCUGGUGCUGUUGCCGGACACGGCUAAGCAACAGGAACUGCUUUCUGCUCACAACGACUUCAAAGUCCAGGAGAAACAAGGUUCCAACAAACCCAGGAAGAACAAAAAGAACGCCUGGGAAACCGACCCCGGCGCCGACCUGGACUGCUGCAUCUGCCCCACGUGUAAGCAGGUGCUGACGCACCAGGACCUCGCCACCCACAAAGCUCUGCACCUCGAGGACGAGGAGUUCCCGUCCUUACAGGCAAUCAGCAGAAUCAUCAGCUAGCUCUCCCCAAGACCAAUAAAACCGUCUCGAUUGUAUAUGUGCACUUUCUGGAGCAGGGGUUGACACGUAGUGCAGCUGACUGCCAGUGCCAGUGGAGUAGUCGUAGGUUACCAUUAGAAGGCUCGGUGCGGUGCUGUCGAGGGACCGCCGGGCUGCAGCACGACCUAAAGAACAUCCGAGAGGUUAGCUUCCCAGAAACGCCCGACUGGGAAGAGGCUGAAACAGCAGGCUCCUCAGGCAGGUUGGUCACCUUUCACCUUGCAAGAUGCUGCAGCUGAGGAAACCGUUUGAUUUGGAUGUUAGCAGAGCAAGCCCAAUACAGAAAUGAGUCUGUUCUUUUAAAGGGGGGAGGGGGGAGAUGUCUGCUUUCUGGUGGUAGAAACCAGUGCAAAGGGCUGCAAAAGAUUUUUGUUUUUUCUUUUUUCUUUUUAAUAUUCUGGUCUGCGGUUACAGGCUGGUGCUGUGACCACAAAGAUUGAGGGAGCUAGGUGCAAAGUAGAGGAGGGCAAUAGGAGCUGCUCACUGGUGUGUCAGACCAUUACAAAUGUCCGUCGUAAUCAUCCGGCUGUUUAUCUAGCAAAGAAGUGCUCCUGUCUGAACACCGAGAUAAUUAUACUACUUGAAUCGGA